CGACCAUGUCAUAAUUGCAGUGGGCCCACUGGAACUCGUGCUGACCACCUGCUUGGAAAGUUGGCUCAACAUUUUCCUCGACUCGGUAGCUCCAAUCUCCAAUGCUCGUACAAUAGUACUCCCGCACCGUAGUUGCAAAAGCUCUCUGUCACCUUUUUCGUUUACCCCCUUCCCUCAUUCCAGAAAGCAUUGUAUCAAACGCCACGCGCCGUGACGUGCCAGGCUAGCUCAACAGUUCGUUACAUGUACAGCCCUGUAGUAAUAAUGAUGUUUAUCGUGCUAGAGAUUGUUCCAGUUUUGCUUCAUUGCUCAGCCAUGAGCUUGGCCUCCGGUGUCGUGUCUUCAUCAUCUCCAUCCUUGUCAGGAAAGAACGAGUCAAAUGCCGCCCACAUGGCUUGGGAUUCUUUCGGUUGUGUCGAUGGGUUCAAGUCACCUAACUGAAAGGGCCCCACCCCACCCAGCUGCAUGGAUUUUGCGUAUGUGAACUUUUGGCUCAACGACGUUGGGUCAUCGAGCCAGUUCUGAUGAACAACUUGUUUGCCAUUCCUCUCCCGCAUCAUAUUGAAAUAGGAGGCACCCAUGUAGUCGUCUCGGGGCAUGAUUGUCCUUGUGGUGGAAUGUUCUGGUGGUGUGUGAUGGUCGCCUACUAGUAGUGUCGUGUUCCAUUCCGAGAGCAGUGUGCUGUAUGGAACUUCCCAGCCAGCAGCGUCUGAGCAAUCGACGCCCCGAAACGGUUUCAAAGGAAUGGGGCAGAAUCUGUCUUGCAAUUUUGUUCCCUCUAAACAAGGAUACUGGUAUCCAUACCACGGCACACCCAGAAUGAUUUUGGCAGGAUCCACGCCCAGUCGUAUGUAUUCUAGAAUCCCCUGCUUCAUCCCCGCCAAGGGAGCAUUUGCAUUGGCAAUGCAAGGUCCCUGUGUGAUCUGGGACUGUGUGUCGUAAUCCAUAACGUAGACCAGGUCCGACACAUCUGCAAGGCGUCUGUACGGGUAACACCGUCCGUCAAUGCAAUUGGUAGACCACGGCACACAGGUCGUGACUUGAAGUGGUGGCGAUGAUGACUUGGAAUGGAACGCUUGUCGUGUGGCAUUGAUCAAGGCAACAUAGGCUUGAAUUUCCCCGCUCUGCUCUCCCAACGGCCCCUCGUAAUCAAAGACGACUCCAUCUCGAUGACGGCUCUUAACCAUGGAGAGUGUCUUGUCAAUCCAUUCCUGAAUUUGACUUUGUCUCUCCUUGUCGUUCAGUUCUGCCAAAUGGGUCAGAUUGAAGGAUGGAGUUGCCACGACCGCUCGGCUGUUGUGUUUGUGGGCUUGACACAUGAGCUCAUCCUCAUUGGCCCACGCCACUGUGCUAAUGUGAGUCCAAUUGAAAUUCUGUCCGAUUUCUUUGCCCCCCGCAAAGCCAUACACUUCGCCUGUGGUUCGAAUGGGAAAGCCAUCGUUGGACGAAAUGGGUUGGCAAAGCUGAGGGUCGGAGCAUGGGCAAGGUGAUUGGUAUAUGUAGUGGUGGUCACCAUCUUUGUUGUUGAACUGAUGGGCAAUCCAUUCGUCGGAAAACUGACGUUGUUCCUUGGAUUGACGCUGAAAUCUCUUUACCCGUUCCCAUGCUUGAUCCUUCUCCACGGCAAGGACCACGCCAGCAAGGAGAAGGUUGUAGAAGACAAGGACCACAGGAAGCAUGAUGAUGCUGCCAGAGCGGAGCACAGCAUUCAAUAUUCAAUAUUUGCUCUCUCUGUCCUCAGUCACCCGCAACUGCACGCAACUGUCGUGGUGAGCUAGCAAGUGCCUUGUGCCCAAUCCAAAAGAUCCAAUGGGGAAACUGUGCUUCCAGCUACAUCGGCUUCAAUCAGGGGUUUCUACCGUAGGGAUCGAGUUUAUCUAGAGCCUGCGCCUCACCAGCCAGCGAGGGCGAGGCAAAGAGUGAAAAUUCAGGACUCCACAACAUGAAACGUAGGUUCCGUGCGAGGAUUGAUGUGUUGCCCUGGGUAUUGCCAACUGUUUUGGGAAUGCAUGGAGAGGAUUGAAACUGCGAGGAACUGGCAUUGAUAUCAAGACAGACUUGGAGUAAUCUCUGAAGCGGGACGAAUUCAAUCGAAUUGUAUCCAUCAUUUUGUCGGUUCCGCCACUGUUGGUCGCCCUUCGAACGAGUCACUCAUCCCACGCAUUAUUUGAGGAUCGCGACGAGGACGGGACGAGGACGGGACCGGCCACGAGCCGCUGAGUAUGAAUCUAAUAGGCACAAAGAAAGAAUUUUUUGAUUAUUUAGUAUUCAGGAACAAUUCUGUUCCAUCAGCAAUACAAUGUCCGCAUCCGGUCCGCAACAUCCCAUCCUGACGUCCGAGGCAGUGGCUGCCUUGCCACCUCCCGGGUUGUCGGGGCCAUCCUCGCUGACAUUUUCGCCUCGGUUUCAGCAACCCAGUGGCCAGUAUUUGGCAUUUGUGGCAUCCGCUUCCAUGAUGCUGGCACAUCAGCCUCGCCGAAUGCAAGUUCAAAACUUGAGCUGGUCCUCUUCAGCAGGAACAGCAACCGCAACAACCAACAACUCAUCAUCUACGGCACCCACAACGUCUUCCUCGAAAUCCAGCUCUUCUUCCGAAAGACAACUAUUUGUUCUUGACGUCGCAUCGCUACUGGCACAGUCCAAGACUCCUGCUGGCCAAAUAAACCUCAGUGUACAUCCUUUACUACGAACACCCUAUUCCACACCGAAUAAUUCAAGCUCAAGUGCUGCGAACACUGCAAAAAGAAGAAUAGUACAGGAUUCAGCCAAGGCUAAAACUACAACUACCAAUGGAGGCACGGUGACCAGCACCUCCAUGUUAGCCUCUUCUUUCCCCAACCAUGCCUCUUUUCCUCAGCAGCAGCAGCAACAACAACAACAACAACAGCAACGAAAACAAACGCCAUCUUCAGUUCCAAUUAAUCUGUCAUCCUCCUCUCUCGUCCAUUUCUCAUGGUCUCGGUGUAGAAAUAAUGCCACAGAAGAUACCUCGUCUUCCAUACCACAAAGUCAACUACGGCUCCUCGUCCCAAUACGCGGCUCUCUCUAUGUGCAGCAUGGGAUACUGGAUCAGGCGGAACCCUUGGAGGUAGUAUACGACAAAACACAGCACAAACCAUCCCUACAACGAAACAACAACACCAACAACAAUGCAGCAAAUCAAAACUCAACCGACGCAGAGGACCCUCAGUUAAGUCCUGACGGACGAAUGGUCGCUUUUGUCGUUGCAGGAGAAAUAUACGUAUCUCCAACUAAACCACCACCACAAGGCACGGAUGACCUCUGUGUACAAAUUACCUUUGGCUCCUCAGACACCAUUGCGCAUGGCGUCGCAGACUUUAUUGCUCAGGAAGAAAUGGAUCGAUAUCGGGGAUUCUGGUGGCAUCCAGACUCCAACGGAAUAUUGUUUACCAAACUGGACGAAGCGAAUGUACCACCCUACCGAAUCUUGCAUCAAGACGUUGGAAGUGGAGGGGCACAAUCCACAGCAACAACUAACACUACAAACUUCCCGAAUUCAAAUAAUGACUCGACCGACGGGGAUGCUGGAAACAACAACACAAGCUCCCAUUGUGGAAGUUAUGAAGACCAUCGAUAUCCGUUCGCGGGGAAUGCCAAUCCAACAGUCACCCUGGGAUUUGUCAAGGUGAAUUACCGGUUUUACUUUGAUCCAACCUACAUUAGUUCUUCCGAGGAACAGCGAGAGCCUUCUGAAGGGUCCAACCAUCAGAUCGAUGUCGCUCGCGAGGCAUGGCAACGGACCGUAUGGUAUGAUUCUCCGCGGGAGGCGCCAGAGUACUUGGCCCGCGUGCAUUGGCUACCCGACGGAUCUGCAUGUGCGCAAUGGCAAAAUCGGACGCAAAAUACAUUGGUCAUGACAAGAAUGAAUGUCCACCAUGGACAGAGAGCUAAAACGCUGCUUGUGGAAAGGACACAAUAUUGGAUCAAUCUGCACAACAUGAUGAAGACAUUGCCUCGGCCCGUACAUCCACACGCCUGCAGUGGGGUUGUCGACAAUAUUCCUCCUCUUCCCAAUCCACUUCCAGAUGGAUCGUUUUCCUUCUUCUUUGCAUCCGAAAGGACUGGAUAUUGCCAUCUCUACUUGUAUACAUACGCCCCUGGUUUCAAUGGAGAUCAGGCUGUCUUGGUGAAGUCUGUUUCUGGGAGAGGAGAUUGGAUGGUGGAAAGCAUUGUUGGUAUUGACAUGAACCGUGACGUUGUGUAUGUUAUGGGAACGUACGAUUCUGUUCUGGAAAGACACUUGUAUGCCCUCCCCAUUGCCAACCAGCGAAGGACUCACCCUGGCAGCGUUGACUCUGGAGACCAUCAUCCAAACGAAGAGGUCGCUUCACCUGCUGAAGUCGGUGAUGGCAGAAGCAACAAUCAUGGCGUCCGUCGCGGAUUAAAACAAGUAAUGAAUGCACUGAGUGGCAAGAAUCGAUCUCUAAACAGCAGCUCUGGCAGUGCUUCGAAUGGCGUGCUGUCGACAUCAGGCAACACGGCUCAACCAAUUCGUCUGACCACACUUUCAGGCAUGCACAAUAUUGUCAUGGACGAAGACUGCCGUAUUUUUGCAGAUACAAGCUCAGACUUGGAUCGCCCAACGAUUGUUCAAUUAUUCGCCCUUCAGCAUGCAGAAAAUGACGGGAAGGGCACCACUCCAACAACCCGAUACCUCCUCACUCUGUACGAUGCCCUUCAUGACGAAAAGACAAUGACUGCGUUGAACCUGACAACCACAGCCUCCUCUUCGUCCAGCACUCUUACAAACGACAUCAAGAGCGGCGGAAGCUCAACAAAGAUCCAUCGACUGAUAUCCAGUCUUCCUGCACCGGAGCUCAUAUCGUUUCCGACAUCCGACGGAAGCGAAACACUUCAUGCAGCUCUCUACCGCCCCGAUCCAACUCGGCAUGGACCCGGUCCUUAUCCCCUCAUUUGUGCUGUAUACGGAGGUCCCCAUGUUCAACGAGUGAAUCGGUCGUGGUCGCAAUGCGCUGAUAUGCGAGCUCAACGGCUCUGUUCGCUGGGAUUUUGUGUUGUCAAGUGUGACAACCGGGGAUCUUCUCGCCGUGGCAUUGCUUUCGAGUCGGCCAUUGCACGACGACUGGGGCGUUUGGAGGUUUUGGAUCAAGUCGCUACUGUCCGACAAAUGACGCUACGAGGAAUUGCGGAUCCAACCCGUGUAGGGGUUUACGGUUGGUCAUAUGGUGGGUAUCUCUCUGCCAUGUGCCUGUGUCGGGCUCCAGACAUUUUUCACGUUGCAGUUGCAGGCGCUCCGGUGACUAGUUGGGAUGGAUAUGAUACCCACUACACCGAGAGAUAUAUGGGCUUACCGUCGGAUAAUGCAAGUGGGUACCGCGAGUCGGCUGUGUUUGACCAUGUUCCGAAUAUGCGUGGACGGUUGAUGAUUGUGCAUGGUUUAAUCGACGAGAACGUUCACUUUCGGCACACAGCUCGGUUGAUCAAUCGGCUGAUUGGCGCCGGGAAAGCUUAUGAUCUUUUGAUCUUCCCCGAUGAAAGGCAUUCUCCCCGUCGCCUCCGCGACCGAAUUUACAUGGAACAACGCAUAAGUGAUUACUUUGUUCGUCACUUGAGCAGUCCGUUUGCUAAUGGGAUCGGCGUCCCAGGAAAUGUUCGGUCCAUCCCUGGACACCUUUGAGUUGUGUAGACUCAGGUAGCAAGCUAAAUAAAUGCUACUGUACAGAACGCUUGGUGAC